AUGGAAGGGCGUUAUAGUAAUCGAUUAUUUCGUAUAUUUGUUAUAUGGCUAAUAAUUUGUAUUUUAUUUGUAUGGUUAAUGCCAUUAGUAAUGUUUAAUUCCAAUAAGAAAGAAAUUGAUAUAAUAGUAUAUGAUGAAAAUUUUCUGGACAAUCAUUUAUAUCCACCACCAUGGUAUAUAUCAAAUUGGACAAUAAGUGAUUAUUUUAAUCGAAAAGAUAAUUUUAGAAAAAUUGAAGAUCAAUAUGCCAUAAAUAUGAAACAGAAAAAAGUUAUUGAACAUGGAUUUAUAAAUAGAAAAAAAUCAAAUUAUAUAAUCCUUGAAUAUACAACUGUUUUUAAUGCACCAAAAUUUUGUGGAAAAUCACAAGAUUUUAUUUUUGGUAAACAAUGUCCAUAUCAAAAUUGCAGGUAAAACUAUCUUUCAUCCAAAAUAUAGAAUGUUUCAGAAAAUCCACAGAAAAAAAGCAAACAUACAUAGUUCUUCAAUAAUCCAAGCAGUCUUCUUGAUUUUUUUUUAUUAAUUAAAAUUUAUUAUUUUAAGUUUUAUCUGAUAUAUUCUUGACAAAAAUCUCUUUACCGAUGACUAAUAUAAUAAAAAUGAUUUCAUGGGUACUCAAAUUUGAAAAUGAAAAUAAAAAUCUAAAUGAAAGUCGUUUGAGAUGAUUAGUUAUAAUGUUCACCAUGUAUAUCAAUAGUUUCAGACUAACCUUAGGUAAAUUAUUUAUGACUAGCAUCUUAUCCAGAGCUAUAGUUUGAGUACUAUUCAGAAGAUAAGUGACCGUUGCUGAAAAUUGUUACAUCUAGAAAAAAAUAUAUUGCGUUAAUGAAAACCAUCUUGACUAGAACAGAAAUCGACAACGAUAAAUGAAAGAUGAGAUUUCUUCUUUUUCUUCAAACUUGAUGACUAUUAUAUCAGAAUCAC